AUGAAUGGUGACUGGACAGCUCGGCAUAACGUCUCCGGUACUACCAUCCAUGAUGCCACCCUCAACUCCGCAUCCACCAUCAGCGAGAAACAAUAUCUAUUGCUCCAGGUUCUGGAAGCGGACAGGCUGCUGGCAACAUUCCAAUCUCGGGCCAACUACCGCCAGAGCUUCCUCAAUGGCCCUAUCCUUGAAGGUACAUUUGCCCUGGCCAAAAAGUAUCAGUCACAGGCUGCAGUAUCGAGGGAUGAGAGCUUCCAAUCGAGAGUGGCCUUCUCCCCCAUCGCCAAUCGUACACGCGCCAAGGUGGGAAAUCUAGCGCAGAAAAUGCGCGCAGCACAACUUCAGACCCCAACAAAGUCCACAGGUAGAGCGGCAAUCUCAUCAGAGGUACCCGGGACUCCAGAGGUCGAGGACUCGCCCUUCCAGACCCCGGGGCCUGAGGAGCUUGCGCCCCUGAUGUAUCCCCAGACCAAAGAUGAACAGAUCGUCAAUGCUGCCCUAGUGGACUUCUUGAAUGCGCUGAGCAUGCACUUUCCCCAAGCGAGCGAUUGGACCUUGCACCGCAAGUCCUUCAAGGCAGUGUUCGAGAACGCCGCCUUUGAGGCACGAACCGAUGGCUACCUGGAGGACGGAGGCUCCUCAGAGAGGGUGCGGGCGCUGGUUGAGGUGAAGCCAAUGUUGCGGGAAAAGAAGCUGAAUCCCAUUCGGAUGCAAGAGGCUGCGCAGAUGGUGGCGUGGAUCAUGGCAGAUCCUGAUCCCACGGGCGCUCUGAAUCUUCCAGGCCGCCGUCUUCACGUAUCGCAAGACCGCCAUCAGAUAUCCAUCACCUUCGCGGAGUAUGACAGCAGCUACAUCCAGUAUCUCAAUAAUAGGCUGCCCCCGAACGCGCCCCGUCCGUUCCUCACCAUGCACGAAUUCGGCCCUUGGAAUACAAAUGUCCGAAGCGAGAUGGAGAGCAUCGGUGGCCUCCUGCUGGCGAUUGCCCUGCGCGCGUACGCGGAUGCUGCCCAGCCAAGCAAAUGA